UCCUCCUCCACCGCCCAAAGAAGAACCUAUCCUCCACCACCUCCAAAAACAAAAGAAACAAAAAACAAUGGGUCUUCUUUCGAUAUUGCGGAAGCUGCGAUCCGCACCGGAAAAGGAACUUCGUCUUUUGCUGUUGGGUCUCGACAAUGCCGGAAAAACGACCAUUCUGAAGACUUUAGCAUCCGAGGAUGUAACGCAUAUUACACCAACGGCAGGCUUCAAUAUCAAAUCCGUCGUCUCGGAAGGAUUCAAACUGAACGUCUGGGACAUCGGCGGACAGAGGAAGAUCAGACCGUACUGGAAGAACUACUUUGAAAACACUGAUAUUUUGGUGUACGUCGUGGAUGCUGCGGAUAAGAGACGUUUGGAGGAAACCGGUAUCGAAUUGUACGAACUUUUGGGUGAUGAAAAACUUAAAGAAGUUCCCCUUUUGGUGUACGCCAACAAGCAGGAUCUUCCCGAGUCUCUGAGCGCUUCGGAUUUGGCUCAGACUUUGGGUCUUCCUUCGAUCAAGGACAGACCGUGGCAGAUCCAAGCGUGCACGGCUUCUCAAGCUUCUGGUGUUCGCGAAGGCAUGGAAUGGGCUUGCAACACUAUCAAGAAGAAAUGAUGAAAACAUUACAAACAUUACAAAACAACACCAAAAUCCGGCCAUUUAUUCCAUCCGCACUUAAUUUCUACAUACAUUACUUAUUCUUUUGCUCUAAUUAUUAAAUAU